AAAAUAUGUAAUACACACACAUAUUUAGUUAACUACGAAUACGUUUAAAUACUGUGACGGUGAAAGCGGUCAUAGGUAUGGUUGCCUUGUACAUUUUUUUAAUAUUUACAAUUAUUUUAUGCGUCAGCAGAUAGAUCACCAUUAUUCUCUUGUUAUUGACGUAGAAAAAUGUUUGAAGUUAAAAAAAAAGAUGACCGUCCACAGACUACUUGUCACGGCAAUCUGUAACUACUGAUCACCCAGGGUCCGAACGACACUACUUCUAUCUCAUUGUUCCGUUUAUAAUCACAUUACAGCUUAAAUCCAAUAAUAUUGUUUGAUGAUCGCAUUCUGUGAUAAUAGCAUAGUUGCGUUAUAUUACUACGUAUGUAUACACUCAUAAGUUUAUCUGACAUCAGACAUGAAUGAGUGCAGCGGCGGGAAGAUAAUAGCAAUCGGAAUAACAAUAUAAUUUUAUUAUUAUUUUUUAAAAGUGAACGGGUUAUGCAACCUGUAGUUGUCUGUUUAGUGUUGUCUGUGACGAUUGCAUUACCAUUACCAGUUGAUUCUUCAUCAUAAUUGAAAAUAAUAUAUUUCUGUUCCGCUAAUUAUCUUAAAUACUGAGUUGCUUUAAAAAUGUUUAAAAUAUAUAUGUAAUAUAAAAUAUUUAUUAUAUUGUGUUGAAUGUAGCUAUAGAUCUGUAAAUUAUCUAUACAGGUGUUUUAAAAAACUUUAGAAAUGAAACAAGAAAACACAAAUAAUCCUAUAAAGGGUUGUAGUACAAGUGAACAUUACACGGAAAUUUUCAAGGAUGAUGAAACAAAUACUUCAAGUACUAUAAAAAACUAUUUAGAUAUUUCAAAAAACUUAUCAGAAACAGAUGUAUCAAUUCAAAAUACAUCUAAUGAAACAAAAUUCCAUGAAAUGAACUCUAUUAUUUCAAUAAACUCUAAUAUCAAAACUCCUGAAAAAAAUGUAGAUAAUUGUGAAUUGAGACGUUUUGGUAAUACUGAAGUAUGUAUGAAUGAUAGUAAAACCUGUAGAAGUUUAAAUAGUACUGAAUUUUAUAUAAGUAAAUAUGAAACCAGCUAUAAUAAUCUAAACAGUAAAAAUCAAAAAACAAAUAGUUUUACAAAUGUAGACAGCAACAAUGAUGAAAACUCUCAAAAUUUUCUUUGUUUAAAUAGCUCGGCAACAAGUUCUAAUGAAUAUACUUGUUUUUUAAGUCAACAAGUUGAUUCAAUUAAUAAUUUAACACCAUUUAAAAGAACAAACAGUUAUUUCAUAGAUUCUCCUGUAAAAAAAAUAUGUACUACAUCUUUAAAUCAUGUAGAUGUACAUAAGACUUCUGAUUUUAACAAUUAUUCUAUAAAUAAUGAUGAUAUGACACUUACUGGUUUAACAUCUGUUCAAAGUAAUGUAGAUAGCUCACAGGAUAGAUAUGAUGGUAGUGAUUCAGGCUUCGGAUCAGAAAUGAUUGAAGAGAAAAAUAAUUCUGAAUUUUUGAAUUCUUUAACAAAUUUAUCUUAUAAAAAUGAAUUUAUUUCAAGUUCUGAAUCAACUUUUGAAGACUUAAAAAGAACAUCUAAUGAGUUUUUAUCAGCUAUGGAAGUACUAAAACCAAAAUUUACAGAAUCAGUUUUAGAAAUUAAUACAGCUGAAAAUAAUUGUAAAUCAAAGUUAAUCAAAGGCAUUCUGAAACACAGUAGGACAGAUUAUCUUUCUACAACAAAUGCAGUUGUAACUGCAAAAAAACGCAAAAAUAUUAAUUUUGCUAAUGUAACAGUAUUUUAUUUUCCUCGUGUUCAAGGAUUUACAUGUGUUCCAUCACAAGGUGGUUCUACACUUGGAAUGACAAGAGUUCAUUGUGCAUCACGAAUAUUUUCAUUGCCAGAAUAUAUGUCUGAACAAAGGAGGAUACGACGAAAUAUGUAUACCAUGAAUAAUUCUGAAGUUUCAGUAAUAAACAGCGAUGAUAGUGAUAGUGAUACAGGUGCUAAUGAUGUCUAUUCGGAAUCUGAGGCUGAUAUAGACUCUGAUAGUAAUGGCUGCUUUUUGCAGCCAGUUCCUUCCCGACAAAGGCGUGCUUUAUUAAGAGCUGCUGGAGUAGAAAAAAUUGAUGCUUCAGAAAAAGAUGAUUGCAAAAAUAUACGACUAUCUAGAGAAUUCUGUGGAUGUUUGUGUCGAGGAUUUUGUGAUCCAGAUACUUGUGCUUGCUUUCAAGCGGGUAUUACAUGCCAAGUUGAUCGAAUGAAUUUUCCAUGUGGAUGUACUAUUGAUGGUUGUGGAAAUUCAGUUGGUCGUAUUCAGUUUAAUCCUACAAGAGUAAGAAAACAUUUUAUACAUACCUUAAUGAAACUUGAGAUAAAAAAGAAAGAAACUCUAGAAGAAGAAAAUAAAUUAGCCCAGUCAGAAUCAUCAUUGUUAUCCAAUUUUCCUUACGACUCACAAAAUAUUCAACCAUACUACUCAUCUCUUAACUAUGGCUUAAAUACACAAGAUUAUAACUAUGGUUCUUUAUUACCAAUUUAUGAUAAUCAUCCUUUUACAGUGGAAAGUAAUAAUCAUACUGUCUUUCAUCAAAAUAUAGGUUCUACUUCUUACGAAACGUACCAACAUUUUUCCUCUAAUCUUUUACCUCCUGCUAAUGAUUUAAUGAAGAAAUCAUUUCAUGAUUAUAAACCCGAAACAUUUACAGAGCUUGUUGACUGUUAUAGUUUUCCAGAAGCUGAAAUUAAUAAUACUACUGUAGUACCUAAUAUUCCUAGCCCGCAAAAAAAAGAUAGUUUUUCUAUUGAGUCAGAUAACUUAGGAGAAAUAAUUAAAAAUACUAUUGUUGAAAGUGUCAAUUCUUAAAUGCUUAUAUAUGAUUACUGUUCCUUUUUUUAAGUAUAGUUUAAUUUAAUUUUUUGUACUAUUUGAACCCAUUUUUUUGUUGUUGAAUUGUUUUUGAGACUAACAUUUAUUUUUACUGCCAAAAUAAAAUAAUUUUUGAUAAUCUAUUACUAUGAACUUUAUGUUUAUUAGUAAAAAUUUGAAGUUUAAAUAUAUUUAAAUUAAAAUUUUCCUUUUUUAUUAUGAUAAAUAAAUGACUGUUAUGACUGCUUUUUAUUAUUUUUAAUAGUUAAAAAUUUUAUCUCUUGAAUUGGUUUAUCCAGGAGAUCUUGUAAAAAGUAGAGCAAUAUUUUGUCUUAUUUGUGUUCUCAUAGUCAAUAAUUAUAUUUAUUAUUUAGGCAAUAUAAAUUUUACAACUGGUGAUAGAAAGUUUAAGUGAUAUAGAAUAUAUUUUACCCUUUCCCCUUAUACGGGUUUUAAUUUCUAUGAGUUAAUAAAUAAUAACCGCUAAAGUGUGCAAUAAAAAAUAAAAUAUAGUUUAAAUUAGUUUUAUCUAUAGCAAGCAGAUUGAUAAAUUAAUUAUACAAUUUCAUACUAUUUCUAUGAUGUAUCAUGUUAUUGUACUUAUUAAAAAAAAAAAAGAAAUCUAAAAGUAUUCUUUAAUGAUAAUAAGAGUAGUAUUUAUUUAUUACCUUGUUAAAUUUAGAAAUAUUUUAUUAUUAAAUUACCCCCUUAAUUAUUAUUAUUUUACUUUCUUGGUGUAUUGUUUUUAAGCAACUUGUUAAUUAAAACAACUAUUAGUUAAUGAAUAUUUUAUUAAGUCAAUGUAUAUUUGCUUAAUUUUAUAAAUUUAAGCUUUGUUUUAUCAUGUUAUUAAACUGUAUGCAACAUAAAAUUCUACGUGGAUAUGUUAUAAUUUAAGUUAAACUACAUUUAAAAAAAAAAAGUUUUGAUAUCAAAUACAUGAUUAACAAUUUACCACAUGAAAAAAUAUUUGUAGAUUUUAUAAUAUUGGUUGCAGCAUUUCCUUAUAUAUUUAAUUGGGAUGUAUAUAAAAUUAAAAUAUCUAAUUUUCAUGAUGUCAAAUUGUUAUUUUUGAUUUAUAAAAUAAAUUUUGUUUUUGUUAAUAUAUUUUUAAUAUUAAGUUCAUUAUUUGUAUUCUAUAAAUUUUGUAUAACAUUUUCCUUGUUAAAUUAAAUGUUAUACAAAAUUAAAUGUACGGAAUGUUCAGUAAUAGGUUAAUUGUUACAAUGAAAACAAUAGAAACAAUAGAAACCCGUUCCCUUACUUACUGAACACUCUGUAUAUGAAUAACCCAUACAAUGUUUGGGUCUAAAAAGGUUAAUUUAUAUAAAUGGAAUUUUUUAAAUAACAUAUUCAAUUUUUCACAACACAAAUAAAUUCUUAUAAUUAAUCCAAAUAAAAGAAUCUUUCUGUUUGUACAAACUGUGUAUUGUAUAAUAGCAACAUUGUUCAAUUUUCUAUUAAAAAAAAAUUAACUAUUCUUUUACUAAGAACAUUUGUAUUUUAUGUUUUCUAAAAAAUGUAAAUAUAUAUAUAAUUUUUUUUGAAAAAUUAUCUUAUUUUAUGGAUUGGCCUUUUUUGACUUAAAUCUUAGAUAUAAUUUAUAUAAAUUAACUAUUUUAUUUUAUUUU